AUGGGAUUUCUCGGUUUACGUAAAUGGCCUGUUCCAAUUGUAAGACCCAUGGCACCUUUUAUUGCAUCUGCUUCAAUUGUUUUAUAUGCUAUUUAUAAAAUUGAAACCAUAGCACAAUCUCAACCUCCUUUUGAUACUGAUCCUCGUAAUCCUCGAGCUUACAUGAAUCAAAAAUUGAAAUCCCAUGAAGGGCAUUGA